AUACACAGUUUAUCUCAUCGGACACGGCCACUGAUUAAUUUUUCUUAAAAGUUAAACACUUGUCCAGAGAAAGGCAAAAUAAGCAAAAUGAAUGAGGGGAGUGAAUACUCCAUACAUUCGUUAUGCCGCAUUUGCUUGAACCAUUUGCGAAACGAUCCGGCAUACGACCUGUUUCUUGUCCCUGGCUUGGCCAAGAAACUUUGUGUAUGUACUUCGCUUUCAGUGGAGGAGCACGAUGGCUUCCCAAAAAACAUCUGCGGUUCUUGCUACACCCAACUCAACGCCUUGCACGGAUUCCAAAAGCUUUGCGUGGAUUCUGUGCAAAAGUUCCAGGAAAUGCUCGCAAGCAAAUACUUUGUACCCGUCAUGGCCGAUGUUGACAAAGUUGAUCUAAUGAAUGCUACUGCCCCAGAUGGAGAUAUGGACGAGGAUCGUACUAACUUUGAUCCCCUUCUGAAUACUAAAAUCGAGGUAGUGGAAACUGAAGAUGUUUUUAAAAUGCUGGAUGAUGUGGAUAAAGAAGUUGAAGAGGUUGAAAAGGAACUGUCUAGUGAGGCUGAGUUCGAGAAUGAUGACGACCCGGAAUUUGAAGUAAAUAGCAGCGACUCUAAUGAUGCGCUUCCUCUAUCUCGUUUGAAAACUGUUACUAGAGCAUCGAAGGCCAAAAGAAAACCUGUGGUAGAAGACAAGGAUAAGGAUAAAGAUAAAGAUUCGUCGGACUUUGAAUGGGAACUGGAUAAUGACUUUGAUAAAGAAGAACCUAAGACCAAAUCAAGAAGAAAACGCAUGUCAAAACCAAAAAACAAACAGGAUGAUGCCAUUGAUUGCCACAUCUGUAACGAAAAGUUCAAGAGCACUAAACUUUAUGACGAACAUAUGAAACAUCAUAACGAUCUACUGCCAUUCCAAUGCACUGUGGAGACUUGUAAGAAGGGCUUCACAACUUCUGGUGGACUACGCCUUCAUAUGGACCAUGCUCAUUCAGAACUCUCAGAGGUUCACGCAUGUUCGGUUGAGGGAUGUGGCAUGACAUUUCCUCGGCCGGUUUUACUCACGAACCAUCUGAAAAAGGUUCACAAAAUCAUUACAUCGCGAGCUAAGGAUCAUCCUUGUACUGUGUGCGAGAAAGUUUUCCGUUGCUCGACGGCUCUUAAGAAGCAUAUGUAUAAGCAUACUGGAGAGGAGAAGCCGAUUUCGUGCAAUAUUUGUAACAAACGUUUCCACAUUAACAGCGAACUGAAGGAUCAUCUGUUGCGUCAUGCCGGCGUAAAGAAUCAUGUUUGCCCUUACUGUGGUGUGGGUAAGACUACCCGACAGGAGUGGAACAAGCACAUAUUAACGCAUACCAAGGAAAAACAGUUCCAGUGUGAUCAAUGCGAUCAUUCGUCACACAAUAAACAGGCUCUGGCAAAUCACAUCAAGGUUGUGCAUAUGAAGAUUAAGAAUUACGCCUGCCAGUACUGCGGCAAGACAUUCGGCAAAUCGUAUGCCUGCAAAGUCCACGAAAGAAUCCACACUCGCGAAAACUGCUCUCAGUGCAAUAUCUGUGGCAAGGUUUUACUUUUUGAGAGAAGCUUGACAAAGCAUUUGAAGACUCAUGAGAAACGUGAGCUUCGCGCAACAGCUACAAAAGGGCGCGGUAAAGAUGAUGCACAGACAAGCCAAGACACAACUGAUCCUGUGGAGAUGAAGCUUAUACCAACAGAGCCGCCUAAGCCGAAAAACGGAAACAGGCUAGAGCGGGUAGAUAUAUCCGAGUUGGCCGGUACAGCUGUCAAUCCCAUUCCAACUGUUUCUGUGGCAUCCUGGUCACCCCAAGUAAACUUUACUAAGAAGGAGGGGCAGCACAUUUGCCCUGGAUGUGGCCGUGGCUUUAACCAUAUUGGCAACAUGAAGAUUCACUUUAAAAUUGUCCACUUAAAGGUGAAAGAUUUCGCCUGUCGCUUCUGUCCGAAGCGCUUUUCAAAGGCACAAAUCUUACAGCAUCACGAAUGGACUCACACCGGCGAAAAGCCUUUCCCAUGCAAGUAUUGUGGAAGACACUUCCGACAGGAGAAAGUGAUGAAAAUACAUGCGAGAAGGGUGCACGAGAAUCCGAAGAAACCAGAAAGAGAGGCGAAGCCUCCGAAAGAACCGAAGCCCCCAAAAGAUCCUAAUAGGGAGAAACGACCGAAGAUGAAUCUCAACGAGAAGCCGCCUAAGAUUCUUGAUGAAUAUCAAGAUCCUGCAGCAGAGAGGGCAGCAGCGAGAGCUGCACUGCUUGCUCAACAAAAGGAGGAGUAUGAAGCUAAGCAAAGGGCGGAAGAGGAAGCACGUAAGAUUCAAGAGGCUGCAUGCGCACAACUUCAUAUGCUACAGAAGGAGCAGCUUAUUAACAAGCUACCCAGUGAAAGCUUUCAAGUAAAGAAACCCGAAACUGGUAUCAGUGUGGACGAUCUUAAAGGAGAUUAAGUU